UCACCUCGCGCCGCUUCACACGCGCUCACAGAUCAGAUGUGGCGCUAGCAGCUAGCCUAGCAUCGCGUCUUGUUGUUUUUUGCGCAAAAUGUCGGUGUUUCACGACGAGAUCGAGAUCGAGGACUUCGAGUAUGACGAAGACACGGAGACGUAUUAUUUCCCGUGUCCCUGCGGAGACAAGUUCGCCAUAACGAAAGAGGACCUGGAGAACGGCGAGGAGGUGGCCACCUGUCCCAGCUGCUCGCUCAUCGUUAAAGUCGUCUACGACCAGGAGUUGUUUGUGUCCGGAGAGAUCGUUGAAGCUCCGACAUCUUCAGAGAGCAAACUGGAGCUGGUCCAGUCCUGACCCCCUUCGUCUUCGUCUUCUUCUUCAUGUGGAAAACCGCAGACUGCUCCUUUAAAGCCACUUUACAGACACAACAUUUUACCUUCUCCUUCUCCUCCUCUCCUCCUCCUCCUCCUCCUCCUCUUCUGUGGUUUCGGCUGGUCCUCAGACUCGUGUCCAGCAGAAACCUGUCGCUGUUUUUCGGCGCUGCACAUACUUCAGCAGCAGGUGCUGCUGGGAGAAAAUAUUCAGCUUAGAUUGUAAAUAUGUGUCAUAUGAGAAUAUUAACUUAUGUUUGUGGCGUCGUGUUGUGUGAAUAUCUGAACAGAAUUAAAAUGUCCUAUUUCCCGUU